AGCCGGGGACACUCCGGGCUUGCGUCUGGUCGGCCCGCGGCGGGCGGGGCCUCGCGGCGCGGCGUGGGGGCGGGGCCCCCUUGGCUGCUUUCGGCAUCAGCCUCGGUGCGCGGCGAGCGCGCGCGGACCGCGCACAGGCGGCGGAGCCGGUAUGGGCUCGCCUGGCCCGGGGCGCCGCGCCGCACGAGCACCAGCCUAGAGCCAGGUAGGCGGCGCUGGGCCGGGGCUGGGGGCGGAGACGGAAGCCGGGGUCUCCGGGCGGCCGUGCGAGCUAGGGCAGGUGCUGGGGCCGUCGGGCUGGCGUAGACCUCUUCACCUGGCGGCUCUGCGCGGUUCGUGGCCGGGAGUGUCGUCGAGGGUCGGGGAGACAUCCUGGCCCUACGUCCAUACUUCCUGCUCUCCCGGCUGCGCCCCGGGCCUGCAUUUUGUGGCGUGAGGCCAGAGACUGCUCUUUCUCUCCGGGCCCCGGGUCUGGCCCGUCCGGCCGGGCGGGGAGGGCCGGGCAUCCCAGCCUGCAGUCCCGAGGAGGCGACGGGCCCUUCGUGGUCACCAGAUCUGUUUACACGUUACCCUCGGUGCCCGGCCGUCCCUCCACGCCCGGUUUGGUUUUCAGGACUGAAGCUUCAAGAUGGCUGACCAGGACCCUGCGGGCAUCAGCCCCCUCCAGCAAAUGGUGGCCUCAGGCACCGGGGCUGUGGUCACCUCCCUCUUCAUGACACCCCUAGACGUGGUGAAGGUUCGCCUGCAGUCUCAGCGGCCCUCCAUGGCCAGCGAGCUGAUGCCUUCCUCCAGACUGUGGAGCCUCUCCUAUACCAAAUUGCCCUCCUGUCUCCAAUCCACAGGGAAGUGCCUCCUGUACUGCAAUGGUGUCCUGGAGCCUCUGUACCUGUGCCCAAAUGGUGCCCGCUGUGCCACCUGGUUUCAAGACCCUACCCGCUUCACUGGCACCAUGGAUGCCUUCGUGAAGAUCGUGAGGCACGAGGGCACCAGGACCCUCUGGAGCGGCCUCCCCGCCACCCUGGUGAUGACUGUGCCAGCUACCGCCAUCUACUUCACUGCCUACGACCAACUGAAGGCCUUCCUAUGUGGUCGAGCCCUGACCUCUGACCUCUACGCACCCAUGGUGGCUGGCGCGCUGGCCCGCCUGGGCACCGUGACUGUGAUCAGCCCCCUGGAGCUUAUGCGGACAAAGCUGCAGGCUCAGCAUGUGUCGUACCGGGAGCUGGGUGCCUGUGUUCGAACUGCGGUGGCUCAGGGUGGCUGGCGCUCACUGUGGCUGGGCUGGGGCCCCACUGCCCUUCGAGAUGUGCCCUUCUCAGCCCUGUACUGGUUCAACUAUGAGCUGGUGAAGAGCUGGCUCAAUGGGCUCAGGCCGAAGGACCAGACUUCUGUGGGCAUGAGCUUUGUGGCUGGUGGCAUCUCAGGGACGGUGGCUGCAGUGCUGACUCUACCCUUUGACGUGGUAAAGACCCAACGCCAGGUCGCUCUGGGAGUGAUGGAGGCUGUGAGAGUGAACCCCCUGCAUGUGGACUCCACCUGGCUGCUGCUGCGGAGGAUCCGGGCCGAGUCGGGCACCAAGGGACUCUUUGCAGGCUUCCUUCCUCGGAUCAUCAAGGCUGCCCCUUCCUGUGCCAUCAUGAUCAGCACCUAUGAGUUCGGCAAAAGCUUCUUCCAGAGGCUGAACCAGGACCGGAUUCUGGGCAGCUGAAAGGGGCAAGGAGGCAAGGACCCCAUCUCCUCCACGGAUGCGGAGAGGGCAGGAGGAGACCCAGCCAAGUGCCUUUUCCUCAGCACUGAGGGAGGGGGCUUGUUUCCCUUCCCUCCCAGCGACAAGCUCCAGGGUAGGGCUGUCCCUCUGGGCGGCCCAGCCCUUCCUCAGACACAACUUCUUCCUGCUGCUCCAGUCAUGGGGAUCAUCACUUUCCCACCCCGCAAGUUCAAGACCAAAUCUUCCAGCUGCCCCCUUCGUGUUUCCCUGCGUUUGCUGUAGCUGGGCCUGUCUCCAGGAACCGAGAAGCCCUCAGCCUGGCGUAGUCUCCCUGACCCUUUUAAUUCCUUAAGUCUAAAGAUGAUGAACUUC